GUCUGCAGAAAGGGGGCCUCGGGGCGAGGUCAGCGUGCACUCGGGGGGCCCCCGCCGCCGCCGAGGGAGGGGUGCGUCCGUCCUGUGCGUCCCCCCCCCCCCCGUGAGGCGGGCGCCCGGGCACUGCGGCGUCCCUGCGAGUGUGGGCAGGGCUGCCGGGGGCUUCCGUGGGCUCGGCCUCGCCCACCUCUGGAGGAAAAGCAGGGGAAGCCCCGGCGCCCGGCGGCCGCUGGCGGUGGAGCGCAGAGGACACGGCGCCGCAAGUCCCCGCGCCCGUCCAGCCUCGGGCCGAGGGUCCCACCCUGCCCGGCGCGCGCCUCUGCCUCCAGCGCCCAGCCCCGGGGAAUGCGGCGGCCCCCGGCUCCUGGCGCCACUCGGUGUCUCGGCUGGGUCUCCUCGCUCGUCUCUUCCGCGGCCCCGACGCUCCCGGGCGCCCUGAUGGCGGCCAAGUGGUUCAAGGAGUUCCCGCUGACCCUGAAGACCGCGUCGGAGCGCGCCAGGCCCGGGGGCGCCGGCGGCAAGCCGCGCAAGACCUCGGAGACCGGCGGCUCGGCGGCCACCCCCGGCAAGGGCCGGAAGAACUCGGCGGCCGAGCUGGGGGGCAGCAGGGCCGGCAACGGACCCCCCAAAGACAGCCGACUGUCCCGGGACAGCCUGCAGGGUCUGAUCCAGGCCGCGGCCGGCAAGGGUCGGAAGAACUCCCGGGUCACCGCCCCCGCCCCCGCUGCCACCACUGAGGAGGAGCCCCACCGGGGCGCGGUGGCCAAGAGCGCGGGCUGCAGCACCUACAUCAGCAGGCUCAUCAAGGUGGACACGCAGGAGAAGAACGGCAAGGGUGGCUACCCGGGUGGCGGCAGCACCAGCAGCUCCAGCAGCUCCUCUUCCUCUGCGUCCUCUUCACCUUCCUCCCUGGGCCCCGAGCUGGACAAGGCCAAGAUAAUGAAACAAGACACGGUUAUCAUUUUAGAAGACUAUGCUGACCCGUAUGAUGCCCAACGGACGAAAGGUCAAAGGGACGCAGAGAGAGCUGGAGAAAAUGACGGUUACAUGGAGCCCUACGACGCCCAGCAGAUGAUAACAGAAAUCAGACGUCGUGGUUCCAAAGACCCCCUGGUGAAGGCUCUCCAGCUGCUCGACGGCCCAUGUGAGCCAGGGGAGAGCAUGAAGAUGGAGGCCACAGCCAAGAGACGCAGUUCCAAGGACCUGUUGGGGAAACCACCACAACUCUAUGACACCCCCUACGAGCCCUCGGAGGGUGGCCAACGGGUGGCAGAGGUGAAGGCCCGGCCAGCAGACAGCAGGCUGCCGGAGGAGGAUGAUCGACCUGCUGCCGAGUAUGAGCAGCCCUGGGAAUGGAAGAGGGAGCAGAUCGCACGGGCCCUGUCAGUCCAGUUUGAGGGAUCUGAUCGACCUCCCAGCAAAGAGGAGACAGGCAGAGCAGCACACCACUGGCAGAAGACCUUGAAGCCAACCCUGUCAGACCACAGUGACAGGGAGAAGGUGGACCCGGGCCUGGCCCUGGAAAAGCAGCCUUGGUAUCAUGGCACCAUUACCCGAGCUGAGGCCGAGAGCCGACUCCAGCCCUGCAGAGAAGCUGGUUACCUGGUCCGGAACAGUGAGUCAGGCAACAGCAGGUACUCCAUUGCACUGAAGACUAGUCAAGGGUGUGUCCACAUCAUAGUGGCUCAGACAAAAGACAACAGAUACACACUGGAUCAGACCAGUGCUGUGUUUGACAGCAUCCCUGAAGUGGUACACUAUUAUUCCAGCGCAAAGUUGCCCUUCAAAGGGGCAGAGCACAUGACCCUACUCCACCCAGUGCACAAGCUUCACUAAACUUUAGGCAGCCAGAGCCCAGGCACCUUCGAGGGCGUUGGCACCCACCCAGCAUCACAGGACUCUCUGCUGCUGCAGACCGGGAUUCAGCGCCUAGAAGUCAAGCCGUCUUUGGUCCUAAAUCCAGGACUUGUGGUCUGACCUGUUCUUUCUCUUCCUGCCAAGUAACUACACUCUAAGAAAGUAUCGCUUGCCUGUUGUCUUCACCCUCAGAGCAGGAGGUCUGUCUGGGGUAGAUCUAGAGUUCAGGAGCACUGACUUGCCCCUCAGAAUUGUUCUCUGGAGUGCCUGGCCCCUGAACAUCAGAAAACCCCUCGGCCUUUGCUAGUGGCCACGUGGACUGGAAGAUCCUGCAGUGACCCCCUCGUGGGGAGGUGGAUGGACAGUGGGAAACGGAACAAUGGACAGGAAAGCUGUCUUCCUCCAUGUCCUGAUGCAGCUGUGGCCUUCACACACAUUCACAACUUAAGGACUGUGCAGAGGAUUAUUCGGCUGGUCGGCCUUCCUAAGAAAAGUAUUUGCUUUCUUGCUGUCUCUGGACAUCCGCUUCUAGCAAAUCAGUAAUACAAGCAAAAAUUGGAUGGAAGAUCCCAGAUUAAAGUGUUAUCAAUAUAAUAGAGUAAUGACAUCUUUUGUGAAAUUCUGGUUAUUAUUAAGUGUACUCCAAAGAUUUGGUUUCUGGUUUAAAAAAACAAAACAAAACAAAACUCUACAGAGCUCAACAACCAUUUUGUUAUUGGAUGAUUACAUAAUUCAGACAUCUUUUGUUUUCUCUUCGUGGAUUUUAGUUGCACAGAAUCAUCUUUAAGUUUUCUUUCUAAAAUUAGAUUUGCUCUGUAUUUUUAGUAAAUUUUUUACAAGAAAAUUUGGAUCCAGUUAUAUGGACCAAGUCACUGCUGGGAAGAUUUCCCGGUAUGUGCAGAACAAACCAAUUUGUGCCUACAGAAACAUUUUGAAAGGACUGAAGUCCUCUCUGCUGCUCUCUAAGACACUCCAUCAUUGUAUUUUUAUCCUUGUGAUUUCUCUAUUAUGGAAAAUCCCACCAGAGUGGUAUGCCAUGAGCCAGCACUGUGGGGAAGGGGCCAGACCAGAACUGGAUGAAUGUUUCUUGCUCAGGUUUGUAAACUGGGUGUCAAGACUGGUCCCAAGGUGAUGCACUGACCACCCUCGGUGGAAAGUGAACCUUCGCAGCUUCUUGCACAAGAAGUAUUAACCUGGUCAGGCUUCUUAGGAAAACACCCGUCACUCGGCUGUUGUGACCAAAACCUAGGAAGAUUUUGCCCAUUUCAGUGGAGAUGCUAGCCAAAGGGUUGUGCGAUUCUCUUUUUGUUUUAAAAAGUGGAAGGCACUUUCUCAAUGGGGCACCGUGAUCUUCACAAAGGCUGUUCUCACAGUACUGACGUUUGCUUGUAGUGCAGGGUGUUCGUUUUAAAUGUUCAGUAGCUGGAGUUCCAAUUCCAUUCAGCAGAUGUUUAUUAUCACUUAUUAUCUUGUAUGUGUGUAUUGUUCGCUGUGUUAAACCUAUUUUUAGCUCACCAUUCUAGCCACAGAGGCUUAUUUUUUGCUCAGCUUUCCUUACUCUUCAAAGGAAAGCGAGCUGUUGUCUUUAAUGAAUGGUAGGAGCAUUAUAAAGUGUGGCUGUGAGUGGAAGGAUCUGGGUCCACACCCAGCGACUCUGAUGAAUGCGGGCCUGACUGUCAGUGUCUCCUGGGCUCGGCCGCAUGCCCAGGUGUACUCCCUCCCUUGACAUGUUUGGAAGCGGAGGAGACAGGUUUAUUAUAUAUAGUCCAGUCUUCACAGUAGGGGGAGGGGAGCUGUCCAAAGCAAAAAUAUCGUCGGUUAGUGGAAGGCCAGCGAGGGAGUGGGUUAAAGCUGCUAUUUUCUUCUUAGGCUGUGACACAAGCUGACAGAAGCCAGGGAGCUCACAGCUGAGCUUGUCCUCUGAGCUCCACACACUUGGGCCUCCUUCCUUUUCUCCUGAUAAAGUAUCUCCCUGUCAUUCCUGUGAGUUGAUUGUGUCUCCCAGAAAUUUUUUUCUAGAAAGAUUGUCUUUUGGUAAACCCUCAGGAUGCCUUGAAGUAAACAUCUGUAGAGCUGUUCGCUUUUUCCCCUUUAAAAGAACAUACUUGUAAAAAGCUGCUCUGUUCCUUAAAGAGGACUCCCUGAGAACAGAGGGCCCCAUGUAAUCCAGCUAGCUACCCAGGAGCAGGAGACAAGAGUUCAAAACCAGCCUGGGCAACAGAGUGAGAGGGUCUCCAGAAAGAAAACAGAAAGGCAAAUGGCAUUUCUAUUUCCUGUGACACCGCAGUGGUUUCUGUCAGGCUAUAUUUUAACCACCGGGUCUGCAUAUUUGUGUAGGAAUUGGUGCAGGCCAGGAGGAUGCUGAAGAGGCAGAGGUGGGUGGCUCUUGGCUUUGAGGUUAUUCCUGAGUUACACAUCAGGGCUGGAGAAAUGGCUCAGAGCUUGAAAGCAUUUGCUGCCUUUUG